GUUUAUUUGGUUUCAUAUCAGAUCUGCUCUUCCUGCAGUACGGCUUCAAUCUGGAGCGAUGGAUUUUAACCGGGCAGCAGCCGGUGAGUCAGCUUCCUUCCUGCCCACCCUACUGGCUGAUGUUCAGCAGCCCUCAGGGAACUCAUAAGCUGAAUCAGAGAGUCCACGAUCUGUGGGCCCCUACGGCUCGGCCCCGGAGCCACAGCCUGAGCUCUGCAGAGGGCUGCUGGCUGCAUCAUCGCUCUGUCCAGUUCCUCCAAACCGACUCCGAUGAAGAAGGCGGUGCAUAUAUGGAUAAUGCGGGCUCCUGCAGAGAGCGGCCCCGCAGUGCUGCAGCCAGAGACCCGGUCUCCAGAGUCAGAGAUAUGCACAUGGAGCCUUCGUCUCCCCUCCUCCAAGACCGCAGAGCCACUUCCUCUCCUCCUGGGAGCAGAGCGCCUCAGCGAGCGCUGGGGCAGCACCGGUCGCAGCAGGGAAGUCCAGUUUCUCAGGGGCAGAAGAACAGCAAGAAGAGGCAACGCUCUCUGGGGAGGAAGUUUUCCACCCCAGCUUGUUUUUCUCCAUCCAGGCCCCUGCAACAGCGGCCCUCCUCUGCAGGAUCCGCCGUCAGAAGCCGCAGGAGAAAAGUCCUGACUACUCCUGGAUCCCGUGAGGUUUUCUUUGACUCAGCAGCAGAGCUUCUGACAGCUCUCAGCCAGGAGGAGAGAGAGUUACUCCAGACCAUCACAGAGAAAGGAUACCCAUUACGUACCGCCAUCCUGGCUCUGCAGAAAACAGGCUGCCAGAGCCCAGAGAAGGUCCUAAAGUAUCUGGUUGCUUGUGAUCGUCUUUGUGAGCUGGGCUACGAUGAAGCACAAGUGGAGGAGGCUUUGGAGAUGUUUCAGAACUGCGAGAGCAAGGCUGCAGAGUUCCUGCGUUUGCUGACUCAGUUUAAUGAGAUGGGCUUCCAGCAAAGUGCGAUCAAAGAAGUGCUGCUUGUUCAUGAAAACCACCGUGAGCGAGCGCUAGAGGAGCUGAUGACACGCAUGGCGUAGGCGGCUGAUCGUCUGUUUUACCUAGAUCUGGCUUAAAUCAUUAUUUAACUGAAGCUGCUGCAAAAUGAAAAUGUUUGAUAUCAAAAAUAAGACUUUGUUCAAAUGUUUCUGAUUUUUUUUUUUAUUUGCAUAUUGAUUUAAAAAAGAAAAAAGUUACAUUUAAUGUAAAAAAGGACGGAACUUUAAAUAUACAGCCACAGAAACAUAUACAGAGGGGGGGGGGCAUGGUGGCAAGGCUGGAAUAAAAUCCUAACAAAAGUAAAAUAACAUUUUAAAAGUUCCCUCUCAUCCUGAACA